GAGGAGGGGCAUGGUCCGUGAGGGCAAAGCAGCUCAAUUAAACCGCGGGGAGCGCAAUUUAAAUCCCAAAUGUCAGCGGACGCGCUCGGCGCCAGCGGAACAGUGGACUUUUAGCGGAGUUUUAGCUUCUUUUUCGGCCAUCUCGGUGGAAGUUGGACGCGGGAGUGGCUUUGAUGGAAUGCGUCAGGCUCCACUGAAACCUCCGGGGCUCCGCGCCCCCUCUGCUGCCGCCCACAGUGCUCCGUCUCCGGCAUCGUUCUUAUGAGUGCAGCGUCCAGCCCGCCCUUCGUGGUGAUGCAGCGGCCACUCGGAAGCAGCACCGCCUUCAGCAUUGACUCUCUUAUCGGGGGGCCUCCGCAGCCCAGCCCGGGACACUUCGUUUACACCGGCUAUCCCAUGUUCAUGCCGUACCGCUCGGUGGUGCUGCAGCCGCCGCCGCCGCCGCCCCCUUCCUCCCUGCAGCCGGCUCUGGCCGCCGGACACCCGCCUCACCCGCACGCUCACAUCCCGGCUCUGCAGAGCGGAUUCUGCUCCGGCCUGGCGCUCACCUCCACGCUGAUGGCCUCGCUGCCCGGAGGAUUCUCGCCGGGCCAGCAACACCAAGACGCGGGCCGGAAGCACGCGGAGGACGGCAAGAGUUUCGUGCAGGGGAAGGAGUGCACUCUGCAGGCGCUCCACGACGCCGACACGUCCGCGCAGACAGCCACAGCGCGGAGUCACAUCCAUCAGGACGAGUCCAAGGAGGACGAGUGCGCGCGGAGGGACGAGAGCUUCUCCAUGGACAGCGACCUGGACUACAGCUCGGACGACAACAUCGCCUCCGCCUCCCACCGGGAGGACGCGGACGGCGGCGGGACGGCGCUCGAGGACGGUCCUCACGGCCACGGCUCCGGCGGCGGCGCGUCCUGCCCCGCGGGAGGCGGCAAGAAUCGGCGGCGGCGGACGGCGUUCACCAGCGAGCAGCUGCUGGAGCUGGAGAAGGAGUUCCACUGCAAGAAGUACCUGUCGCUCACCGAGCGCUCCCAGAUCGCGCAUGCGCUCAAGCUGAGCGAGGUGCAGGUCAAGAUCUGGUUCCAGAACCGGCGGGCCAAGUGGAAACGGGUCAAGGCCGGUAACGUCAACAACAAGUCCGGGGAACCGUCGCGGAACCCUAAGAUAGUGGUCCCGAUCCCGGUGCAUGUGAGCCGCUUCGCGAUAAGGAGCCAGCACCAGCAGCUGGAGCAGAGCCGGCCUUAGAACCAGGACCAAGAAAAAACUCCUUAGUGCACUUCAUCCUCUCCUUUGAUUCCGUAUUUGUCACAAGUUCAACUAAAAACAGGCCAAAGUUUCAAUUGUAUUCAUUUGCCAUCAAUUUCCUUUUUUAUCAAGUGCAAUGAAAUUGAAAUUCAACCGAAAAUGACGACACGUCCUCGGAACCUUCAAACUCAACUUCCGGCCUCGGGGCUCGAGCUGUGAUGGCGGUGAAGAUGAUGAUGGCGAUGAUGAUGAAGAGACGAUUCCUAACGAGGAAAUAACGGACGUUUUUUUUUUUUUUUUCUUCGGAUGUUUGCUUUUAUUUUCUCUUGUUCGAGUCACGGCGAUGCUGCUAGCUAAUUUAAUUCAAGUGUGCCGACUGACUAAAAUAUGACAAACAAACAAGUGUCAAUUAAAGCUGAAACCAGAUGCUAACGGCUGGCUUUUUCUUCAUUGGCGGCAAACUUCCAACGUUGAAAACGGCCCUCGAAUGUCCACCAGUAUAGCAAGAUUUCACUUUUAACUUCAUGGUUCAGAUAAAAGUCAGAUGUUCUUCAAGGCCUCACAUAUUCAAACGUCAAUCAAGAAAUCAUCAAACACACACACAAAUUAUCAAGAUAAGAACGCUAUAAAAAUGGAACAAUAAUCUUAUUUCAUUUGAGCUGUGUAAUUAUUAUUGUGAAUUCACACGCUUAGAAAUUAAACGAAUGUAUUACUUACCAAACACUGAACAAAAA